CCACGGACAAAAAGCCAUCAUCGCACAUCGACACUGCUGGCGAAUGUUCUCUUUUUCCGUACUCGAUUUGCAGUAGCGAAAAGCGAGUAAAAUCUCGAGUCUUGUCGUCGUCGUCGUUGCCCCAUUCGCUCGUGAAGAUUACUAGUGCGAAGAAAAGCAAGUGUGCUUUUCGCGAUAUCGGUGGUGGAAGAAAAAGGACUGGGUUUGCGUGCGGUGUAAUAGAGUGCAGAUUUUUUUUCCAUUUUUCGUCUGGUGCGGAACUUGCAGAUAACAGUAGAAAAUCCCCGCUGCGAAAAUGAUCAGAAUGUUCCGACUCACUCGCAAAAGAAGAACUUGUUCGAAUCAGUGGGUACAAGACAAAGAAGAAGGAAUUAUGGGGCUGCAACAGCAAAUAAAGUGAAGACUACUAUUGAACUAGGAGGGGGCUAGUGUAGAAAAAAGGAAAAUUUUUGAGACCCCCAUAUUCCUCGUACCAUCCAACUUACAAACACAACUACAGGUCAGGAAUCGUAGCCGUGUCGGUCAAAAGCAGCAGCAGCAGCAGUGUGGAGUUCUGUAGCCGUGUAAAGUUGGAAGUAAGAUGUGUGCGGUUGUGUGAAUAAUAAGUCAAAUGCGUGCAUGUGUGCGUCCGUGCGGUGACAUUUUCUUUUUUCUACACAAUCAUCGCAGCAGCAGCGAUUUCGUCGCGAUCUUUCAACGUUCCAGAGGAUUUUUUUUUCAUUUCGGAUUUCGCGGAAAUUAGUAUGCAAGAAGAAGUGUAGUAAGAACUCGUGGAAAAUGUGAACGGUGGAAAAGUUGGAGGUCUAUGAGUGAAGUGUGAAACUUUUUCAGACAUGACGUCCUGUCAGCAGCAAUCAAAUUGGUUUCGUAGCACGACGGAGUAGAUUAGGAAGUUUCCUCGGCUCUAGUCUGGAGACGGCCAGAUAAACUGUUUUCCCUUUUAGCUAUUCGUGAUAGUAUAGUCGUUUAAGGAGAAGAAAAAGUCUGGCCUCUCGGAAAGAAAUUAGUGGCCCAUUUUUAGUCGUUUUUCUUUCUCUUGAUUUUGGGAUUCCAAAGUGAAAGCACAGUAAAGAAAACGAAGCAAUCUAAUAGUGGUAGCAGAGCGACAAGUGGAAAAAAAGAAGCCCCGCUACUCCGGAUAUAUUUUUUCUUCGUUUCACACUCGCCAAAAUGGCUCCGUCUCCGGAGCUCGGGGGUCAACCCAAGGCCCCCGAUAAGUCUGGAGCGGAAGCAGCAAACACCGUGGCCAGUGGUGCAACGCCGGAAACGAGCUCACUACUAACAUCGGCUACCGGCAGUAGCGGUGGCGCAUCGCAAACGUCCUCAUCAUCGUCGUCGUCGUCGUCAGUGACGAAACAUUCAUCCACAUCUGUCGCCACUGGACCAACGGUGGCGGCUGUGUCCAAUUCUACGUCAGCUUCGGUCAGUUCUAGCACGACUGCUGCCACCGGAAACGGUUCGACGGGAGCAGUUCCGGUCGCAACGGCAGCCCAACAGGACACCAGUAAGAUCGAUAACAUGGCGGAGAGUGAUCUCAAAGCGCUUCUGGAGGAAGCCAUCACCUACAAAUGCCCGAAGGACCGGGAGCACAAAAGUGCAACGUUCAAUGAACUUCUCAGCAAGACGGAGAUGGAAGACCAGGAACAGAACUUUUCCUUCACAAGCCGUGCUGUGCAAUCCAAGCGUGCCUCGGGCCGACCCACGCAGGGCGGCUCCCUACAGGACCUCCAGGAGGCCAGUCUGCAUGAUUACUACUAUUCGGAGUUUCCGUUCGCAACCGAGUACUACACAAAUCUGGGCGGUCUGGGCGUGACGACGGCCCGGCGACAUCAUGGCAGUGGCAGCUCGGGGGCCAGUGUCGGACCGGGGGGCGGCGAUCGCGUAACGAAUCCCCGCCAGAAGAAGUACGCCAGCUCGGUUUCAUCCCGGCAACGGGAGGGUGGAAGUUUGCCGAGCAACGUCAACAUAGAAUAUCCGUUUUUCAAUGAAGUCGGACAUCACCACACCACCGGAACGAUUACCAAGUUCAAAAAGCGGGAAGGGGGAGCGAAGAGCGACUACGGUACGAUGCUGUUGCCGGCCCCGUUGACCAGUGCCGCAGCGGCCGAACUGAUUAGUGCCGUGGCGGAAGUGGCCGGCAGUACCGGCCUGUGUGGUGGAAUGAAGAAUACCGAAUCUCAGCUGAUCGAUGGCUGCGGAGGUGUCAUGGGCACCGGUCAUACCGUUAUCGAUAUGGGAGAGCCCGAAUCUGACGAGACGCAGCAUCUGCUGGCACACGAUGCAUUGCAACAGAACCUGUACGACUCGGGUCUGGACGAGUUCGAGGGUAGUGGCACCGAUUUGUACGGAAGCAGCACGACUACCAGCGGUGGCAGCAGCACAACCGGCGGUGCCGGCAGUGGCUGCAGUGCACUGAAGAAAAUUCCGCGCUUUCCAACGGCGAGCUACACUAGUCAUGCCAAGCUGGAGAUUGGCGAACCCUCGUCCACGGUGCGACCGUCGUCGGUGCACCACGUCGACAAAACGGUGUCGCUGCCGAUGCUGGAGAGCAACAAAAGCGUCGACAUCACACCGAUUCAGCUCGGUUCCAGCUAUCAAGCGGUGAAAUGUUUCGUUUCGAGUGACACCAGCAAAAGUGACCAGGCGAAGCACGUGAUGAUGGGCACGAUCAGUGGCAACAGUGCCAAGUACAUCACAACGCAAAGCUUCAAUCAGAUCAUUUCGCAGAAAUAUCUGGAUGAGAAUGGCAACUCAGUGCAACAGUUUGGCGGAUCCGGUUCUUCAUCGACCGGAGGCGGUGGCGGUGGCAGCGGCGGUGGUGGUAGUGGGGCUUGCAGUGGAAGCACUGGAGGAACCAUCGGCACCACCAGCUCGUCUCUGAGUGGAUCUGGGGGCGGCGGAGGAACCGGAAAGAAGAGCCGCAAACAGCCCAAAUCGGAUCGGAAUACGGUGCUGGUGAUACCGGAAAACAUCGAGGGUUAUCGGGGCAAAGAUACCGAUAUCGAAUCGCUGGUUUGUUACAUCGAGAAUAAGAAUAAACAGAAGGACGGUAAGGGAGGUGGCAGUGGUGGUGGUGGUGGUGGCGGUAGUGGCGGAGGAGGAGGAAAUCCGUCCGGUGGUGGAGGUGGAGGAAGUAACCCCAAAAAUGGAACACUGCUAAAGGUGGGUGCUGGUAAUAGCGGCAGUGGUGGUAACGCGAAUAGCACUUGCAACAGUGUAGACAACGGGGUACCGGAGGAGAAGGCUCCGAAGAAAAAGAACGAGAAGAAAAAGGAGAAGGCUAAGCUGAAGAAGAGUAAUUCGUUGGAAGAACUUAGCAGCUGCAGCAAAAAGAAGCAGCAAGCGGAAGACGAACAGAAUACUCAGCAGCAGAAUAAUGUGGAGGAAGAACAGGGAGUUUCCCGGGUUACGCAGGAUGCGGACUCAGUCGUGAAUUUGCGAAGCAAUAAGGGAAACAAAAAAGCUCAAAACAACAACAAUGGGGGUGGUGCUGCGGGAAGUGCGGUUUCUUCCAGUUCUUCGGCAUCGUCAACUGCGUCGUCACAAUCCUCGAAGGAAAUUUUGGCGAAUAUUAGCAAAAAGGUCGAACAGGGUCUGUGGGAUAUGGAAACGCUACGCUUUUUGGAUAAUAAUAGUAAUAAAACCGCAUCCUACGGCAGCACGAAAGAGAAAUCGGACGAAAAGUCGAAAAAAGAAAGUAAAAAAGAAGCCAAAGAUACAGCGGAAGUGGCACUCCCAACAUUCAAUCCGGCUAAGAAACGAGAUUCGUUACGAAUGUCGGUCGAGUCUCUGUCGGCGGUUAGUGCCAGCGGGGGAACGGAAACAGCCGAAUUUCACGUGGUGACCAAAAAGAAAAAGAUGAAGAAAAAGUCCCAGAGUUUGUUUACGGAAGAAUCCACCGCGGCGGCGUCGGUUGGCACGAACGCCGCUAGCAACCGAAGAAAUUUGACUGCCAGCCAAAGUUACAGCAUCGGAAGUUCGAACAAUCGGAACACCACGAACAUGACGGGCCGGUAUCAGGCCAGUCAUAAUUUCACUAACGAUCGCGAUGUUUACAUGAACUCACUGAGUAACGAUGUGUCUCGGAGGAAAUCCACUUCGUCGAUGCCACCAUCGGAGAAGUCCGAUUCCAGCGAUGCCGAUUCGGUGCAGUCGCUUCCGAUCGAACCAUCGCGAAAGCAACAACAGCAGAAGCAGCAGCAGCAACAACAAAAUGCUCAAUCCAACAGUCGUCAACAAUCCGGGUCGGGCGUUCCGCAGUCGUACGCCGAUAUUGCCCGGAUACCGAAUGCAGACAAAAUCAACAACAAUCCACUCGGCAGCAGCACAAGCAAUAGCACAUCUCCGCUGGAUAGUUCCAGUGUGGAAAAGUGGCCACCGGUGCAGGCCACCAGUGAGGAUCUAGCUCAAGCACUGAAAUCAUCUUCGGCUUUCCCGGAACUAGUCUCUGAAUCAUCGCUGCCGCCACCACAAUCACAACAUCUCCAGCAACAGUCGCAGCAACUGCAACAGCAGCAUCAGCAAUAUCAACAACAACAACAACAGCAUCAGUAUGUGAAUAGUAGUGUUAGUAGCGUUAGUAGUAACAAUCUAGGUAACAGUAAUAAAGCGACUUACUCGCAGAGUCUCCUGAUAGCGGCAGCAGCAUCCACCAAAGCGGAGGAGGAGGAGUUCGCAAAGCACAGGACGCUGACGGUUGCUUCUGCGUUAGCAUCGUCAGCAUCGUCAACCGUCGUAGCCGGCGGUGCAAAACUAGCUAGCAACGUACUGAACAGUGAUCCGGUUGUCAACAACAACAACAACAUUAGUAACAAUAUCAAUAAUAACUGCAACAUUAGUAGCAGUAGUAGCAGCAGCAGUAGUAGUAAUAGUAGCAACAGCAGUUCGAAAUUAGCGUUGCACAAAUCGAAAAGUGUCGAUAAUACCGACAUCUACUACUCGAACGAGCACUACCCGGCACUGGAAAAGACUGUCAAACCGGCGGCUAAGGCAACAUCUACGUUUACUUCCAACAGCAAUACCAGCAACAACAACAACAACACCAGCACCGUCAGUCUGCAGGAACCGAAAUCCUUUGCCGUUGGUAAAACCAACAUGACGAACUCGGUGACGACUGGUUAUUCGCCGAAUGCCGCAACCUUCAACUCAACGUCGACAGCCUCCGUGAACAACACGACUUCCAUCGGUAGCGGCGUAAACAAUAAUGCCCUGACCGGAAGCAAAAAAUCAAAGAAAAAGGAAUCAUACGGUAUGAAUAACGUGACCAAUUACACUUCUUCCGUCUCACCGAACGAGGUGGAAUCAAUCAAUAAUGCACGGAAUGUGGCUCCAUUCCAAACCGGACUCGAUUUAGUCAACAAUAAUCCGAUGCUGAUCGAAAACGUCGACAGUGGUGGUGACUACACGCAGAACAAUGGACUACUGGUCAAUCGGAGUCCGAACGGAGCGUUGAAUCUGCAGCAGCACCCCCAGAGCACUCCAAAGAAUCACAACAGUAGCAACAGCAGCACUAGCAGCUCGGUUUCCUCCACGAAUGCAGUAGCCUCCUCGAAGCGAAACAAGAAGGAGAAAUCUACCUCCCAACCGACAAAUACCAAUCUGUUGCAGCAGCAGCAUCAGCAGCAACAUCAGCUGCAGCAGUCUCAAUGUCUGACGUCUAGCUUAAACUCAACCAAUGCUGCAGCAGCAACACCAGCUGCCAAUACCAAUGCAAAUGCAAAUGCCGUGAUGAACCAUCGUCCGGCGGUAAUCAUCAUGAACGACAACAACGAAGCUACCGGUCCGAAACCCGAGUUCACCUUCGGUUUCGACAUAGACCAAGAGCUGUUGUUCGGUGACUUCCAGGAGGACGAUAUGGCCAUGAUGGACCAAUCAAACCAACAGAUCAAUCAACAGCAGCAGCAGCAGCAACAACAACAACCGACGCAACAGUACCAUCAAUAUCACCAGCAGAAGCCUUCCUCCCAUCAACAGCAGCAGCAGCAGCAGAUGCAUCACAACAGCAGUAGCAGCACCGACAAUGUUCCUUCACCGACUAGCAACACUUCAACCCAGUCAACCGAUCUCGGCUACAGUUCGAUGCAACAAUCAUCCCUUUCGAUUUCGUCGCCUUCUUCCAGUUCGUCGCAUCAUAGCCAGCAGCAGCAGCAGCAUCAACAGCACCAGCAGCAUCAUUACAACAAUCAGUCCCAACAGCAUCAACAAUCACAAUCGGACACGUAUGAAGUGCUGAACAACUCGACUGACCCUGACACCUACCGGGAUAGUAUCGAGCAUCGAUUCCACCAGCCACCGCCGUCGAUGGUUCUACCUCUAUAUUCCCAGCCACCGCCGCAGCUUCCUCCGCCGCAUGUGCUGGCCGCUCAGCAACAGCAAAACCAAUCACGACAACCUCGCCCCGCCAGUAACAGCAAUCACUAUAAUCUCCCGCCACCGUCAGUCAUUCCGGGUCACCACAAUCUGCAGCAGCCGCAGCAACAGCAGCAACAACAGCCGCAGCAGCAACCUCCGCCAGCACUGCCUUCCAAGCAAGAUAGCGCCACUAACACACCGCCGGCAAUGGUCGUUUCGGCAACGUCACCACCGGCAAUUAUAACUGUUCCACCGCCACCGUUGCCACCGGCUGCCAUCGUCACGGCAACGCCCAUUCCGAUAGUGGCCGUUCCGGUUCCGGUACCGGUUGUGCUGGUCCCGCAAGGACCUCCGCCAUCUUCGGCAACAACCAUCUCGAUCAACACCGCCAAUACCAACGCCACCGGUGGUGGUGGUGGUUCGGUCGGUAGCAACAGUCCUGCCGCUGUUAGCAGCAAUACUAGUCUCAUGAACCAAUCGACAGCGAGCAGCGGUAGCAGCAGUAGCAUCAGCUCCAUAGCAUCCCAGCAGGAACCGAAAGUGCAACACGGUGUUACGGUUGCCGGUUCCACGACAGCAGCUGUCCCGACGACACUGAACGCUGGGCAGUCCAUUCAGCAGCAGCAGCAGUCUGUUCCCGUUCCGGUUUGGGAGAAGGUGAAGGAAAUCAAUCUGCGGUUCAUCGCACCGGAACAGUUACAGACCAAUCACAACCACGAUAAGAUUGUAAACUUUGUCGGAAUGGCUUGGGAGGAUAUCAUCUGUGUGGACAGUGCGUACAAGUACUACGACGGACAAUAAGCUCAUUCCCAUCGGAAAUACACCUACUAGAGUUAUCAACGGUAGCGAGAAGUAACCCGAAGUAACAUACGAAAAACAAAGAAAGAACAGAAAACUGAUGCAUCCACGAAAUGACAUAAGUACGGAUGAUGAAUGGACUGAGAUGAAAACAUGAAUGCCAGAAUCAAUACCGUUAACAGGUAGCAGGAAAUGCAAGACUAAAUCGAGCAGCAACAAGAAUCUAUGUCAUUGUAGGAAUAGAAAAAAAAAUCAUGGAAGAAAAGAAAAUGAAUCAAACAAUAACUAAUGCCAAGCAUUAUCAAAAAAAAGAAUAGAUUGAAUCGAUAUAAAAAGUAAAGUCACAGAUAGGGGAAACAAAUGCGUGCACGUGUGAUAAUACUAUCGAGUAGCAGCGUUUGGAGUGGCAAGGGCGCGGUGAAUCACAUUCAUACACAUAGGUACAUACAUACAAGCAAACACACAUCCACAUAAACAGCAGAGGCACACGCACCCACGCAUACGCUGUUGUGUUACUUUGCGCUUUUCAGUGAGCUUUUUUUUCUUCUCUUUAGUUUUAAGCAAACAACGGAGCUCACAGCUCUGCCAGUUAUUACCAAUAGCCAAUGUAAAGUAGAAUCCAAUCAACGGAGAGAAAAAAAAGCGGAGAUGGUGCAAACGGUUUCGUCCUACACAGAAGAAAUGUCGUCGCACUUCAUCGUCGUCGAUUGACAUUGCUGGGUGGAUAACUCACUAUUAGUACUACCACUACUAUUACUACUACUACUACCGAAAAAAAUGGAAAUGCCUGCCUGCCAG